AUGUUUGUGAUUCGGUCAGCACUGCGAGCGUCCACGAAAAGACCUCCAGCGCGCUUUAUCCGCGGUCGACGCUACCCAUCCAUACCACGACUACGGCCUUUCCACACUGCGCGCCCCCUCGCGCAAGCAGCAAACCCCCCACCAGCUCCCAAUGGCACACCCACAGAUCAGCAUGGCGUUGAUUCAGCGGACCGAGACAAAGCAUCAGCCGCCACCGAAGACACAGCAGACGGCGCGGUAGCCGUAGAAGAUCCCGACAUACUAGCACAAAAACUUCAGCGGUCACGAGAGACAUCGCGCAGGUACUCUGCUGCCCUGCGACGCCAACAGCGAGGCAAAAAGGCUCAGGGGCUGCCGCCCGUGCACAUACCAGACUGGUUCCUAAGGUGGAGGGUAAUACGGCGGGAGGACCUACCUGAAGACCCACAACCACCUACAGUUCUUUCGGUCUCAGUCACACACGCUGAAUCUGGAGAGCAAGCUGCAUGCGUAGUACCUGCUCAGCCCGAAUCAGACCCGGCCCAGCUCCUCUCGCGGUUGGUACGUGGCCUGUGGAGUCGGCGAUUGGACGACAACGAGAAGCACAGAGUCGACAAGUACCUCGAGGAGAUAUUGUCACCGAGGGAUCAGGCAGAAUAUCCAGCAUCACAGUCAAAGAAUGAUGAGGCAGUGGCGAGCACAGAAGCUGGACGCCCCGGUGACGUAUCUGCUGCUGCAAUCACAGACGACGGCGCUUUCACCGAAGCCUGGGCAAAGCUGAACAAGCUGCAAAACGACCCCGACAUGGACCCUCGCAAGAAGAUUGAAGCCAUGAGAAAACAGAGUGCCAAACUUGAGAUAGCUGCGAGGAAACGAGAGGUUGCCAGGACCAGGCAGAUGGGCACUUCCAAACAUCUAUCCUCCUUAGUAGUUGCCGAAAUUCGUGCCACCAUGGCUGCAUCUCUCUCUGCAUUACAGCCAGCCGCCAGCGACUCUUUCCCUGCUGCCAAGACAAAUCUAAUCCUUCAUUCACCUGCGCCUGAACAUGAGGAAUCCAUCGAUGCAUGUGUCUUGUCUUGGGCUGUUGAGACGGGCGCUGACGUCCUCUUGUUGAAUGCUCAAGAUCUUGCUCAGCUCGCCGCCGACUACUUAGGCGAAGGAGCAGAGCCAUCUCCGCAUUCAAUCAGGGCGCUGGGUUAUGAAACUUAUCGGCUGAAUGCAGACAUAAACGGCUUCGUGGCAGACGUGCAGGAAGCCGGUGCCGAAGACGAAGCAGAGUGGUCACAAGCCUCAUCCGUUGAACAGUCGGAUCCGAACGCGAUGCGUCCUCGUGCUAUACCGCUCUCUAUUAUUGCCCUUACACCAGCUUUGCGUGCCAUGACUCAGAAUUUACAAGGACUGCAACUCGGUUCGGGAAAUGGAUUUGGAUCAUCUACUGCUGCUUCAAACGAAGAUUCUGGGCGUAAUCAAAAUCACGCUGAGAUGCAAUUGGAAGAUCUCAAGCUGGCCGCUCUUUUGGAAACUUUGAUUGAUGCGAAUCACAUCAAGCAAAGUCGAGGUAUCACCGGCAAUGAGGCUCUUUACCGUGUCCGCCCUGCUAGUCAACAACAAAAAUCGUCCAAAAGCCCGGCCUUCUUUGACUAUUCCUUGGGCCAGGAAAGCGCCGAGCUUGAUCUAAAGUCGACAUUGCCAGCUGGCGCCAGAGCAGACAUCAACUUAACAGUCAAGAUUGGCCAGGUCUCGGAGAAACCCAGUGUUCCAGCAAAUUCCAAAAUUAUAUUUGUAAAGGACUUUAAGGAGCUUAACGCCACUCACUAUGGUGGUCGCAUUAUUCAGCGACUUGAGGAAAUUGUUCGCAAGCGACGGAUUGCCGGCGAGAGCAUCAUGAUUGUAGGAAGUACUUGUUCACGCGACCUCACGCCCGAACUGAACGCCAGCGGCGUCCGUGGUCUUCAGAAUGAGGGCGAAAGUAGUUUCUUCAGAACCAUUGUCGUGGCAGCAGAAUCUGGUGGUGCCACACCAAAUUUCGACGAGGCCAUUGCAUCUCUCGGGACCAGUAUGGCGUCCUCGGCAGAUAUUUCGCCGUACGAAAAGAUCAAAUUCCGAAACAUCAACCUACAUCACAUUCAAGAUAUGCUUCGUUCUUUGGAUCCGUCUGCCGCUGCUGGCAUCUCUGAUAUGGAACUGAGCAUAUCGAGCUUCGGCAACUGGGCGCCUAUAUUUUUGGAAUCGCAUUUCAAUCGGGUGCUGACUUACGAUGAAGUGCACAGAGUAGCCCUCACAGCUCUGGGUUUGCUAGUUUCGAGUCCGGCACAGAAGUCUGGGAAUGCGCCAGGCCAGUUGAGCUGGGCGCAUGUAGCCCUGGCCAUAGGCUUGCUGAAGUCCAGUGACACUGCCAAGUAUACCUUUUUCGAGAAAGUGGGCGAGAUGUCAAAGCGGUCCAAGAAUACGCUAAACAAUAUGGAAGCAAAGAUUGAGCCUGACCCUGCACGGAAACGUAUGGAUGAAAAGGCUAUGCAGCGUCAACACAACCUACAAAAAAUAGCGGCUACUGCCAACAAGCAUGAGAAGCGACUCAUGCCUGGCAUCGCAGACCCCGAUCAAAUCAAGACGACAUUCGAGCAGGUUCACGUGCCAACAGAGACUGUAGACUCGAUACGCACAAUUACUUCUUUGUCGUUGCUCCGGCCUGAAGCAUUUAGUUAUGGUAUCCUGGCGACCGAGAAGAUUUCGGGUGCGCUGCUGUACGGACCUCCAGGUACCGGCAAGACACUUCUUGCGAAAGCCGUGGCAAAGGAGAGUGGCAGUUCGGUACUUGAAGUGUCUGGAAGUCAGAUCAUGGACAAGUACGUUGGCGAGGGCGAGAAGAACGUUGCCGCCAUCUUCUCGCUAGCACGCAAACUGUCGCCAUGUAUUGUGUUCCUCGACGAAGCAGACGCUGUAUUCGCAUCAAGAGAUGCAAUGCGAGAGCGAGCGUCUCACCGCGAUGUUCUCAAUCAAUUUCUGAAAGAAUGGGAUGGCCUCAACGAUCUCUCCGUGUUCGUCAUGGUAGCUACAAACCGGCCUUUUGAUCUGGAUGACGCCGUCAUUCGUCGCCUGCCUCGCCGCCUACUCGUCGAUCUGCCUACGCAAGCCGACCGCAAAGAGAUUUUGCGCAUCCAUCUCAGGGGUGAGCAACUAGAUGAGUCUGUCGAUCUGGACGACAUUGCAAAGCGUACACCUUUCUAUAGCGGAAGUGACCUCAAAAACAUUGCCGUCUCAGCAGCUCUCGCCUGUGUCAAGGAAGAAAACGAACAAGCUGCCCUGGCCGCCGCCAGAGCCGCUUUACAAGAAAGCAAUGACAGCACAGAAUCUGGAUCCAGCAAGACUGACUCUGCAGCCACUUCGUCGUCAUCAUCUAAGCCCCCACAUCUCGUCCGUGGCCAAGUCUAUAAUUUCCCCGAAAAACGCACACUGCAUGCCCGCCACUUUGACAAGGCGCUCCAGGAAAUCAGCGCAAGUAUCAGCGAGGACAUGAGCAGUCUGAAUGCGAUUAAGAAGUUUGACGAGCAGUAUGGUGAUCGCAAGGGGAAUAAGCGGAGGAAGGACUUUGGAUUCGGUAUGGCGGUAGAGCGCAACGAGAGUGCUGCUAGGGUGAGGGUGUAG